UACGCUCCCUACGCGGACCAUCGCUGUCUGUCAUCUAUCUUCUCUCUGGGAAUUGCUGUGUCAGAUUCCAUUGAAGGGCCGUCAUGGCGAGCCUGUGGCAAGCGGUGAUGGGCUCCGGGCAGUCGUCGGCGUCGAGCGAGGACUACGACGGGGUGCAGUUCUGGUCGAGCCCUGAGCGGACCGGGUGGCUGACGAAGCAGGGCGAGUACAUCAAGACGUGGCGGCGCCGCUGGUUUGUGCUCAAGCAAGGGAAGCUCUUCUGGUUCAAGGAGUCCAACGUCACCCGCGGAUCGCGCCCCCGCGGCGUCAUCCCCGUCGCCACUUGCCUCACAGUGAAGGGCGCCGAGGACGUGCUGAACAAGCAGUUCGCCUUCGAGCUCUCCACCCGCGCCGACACCAUGUACUUCAUCGCCGAUUCCGAGAAGGAGAAGGAGGACUGGAUCAAUUCCAUCGGACGAUCCAUAGUUCAGCACUCCAGGUCAGUUACUGAUAACGAGAUCCUCGAUUACGAUAGCCGCAAAUAAAUUCAAUUUUUGUUUUUCAAAAUCCUGUUUGUUUACCUAAUCGCGCUUCUUCCUUCAUCUUUGUUUAUUUUAUUUGGAGAUUGGAAUUGCUUCUCUUCUUUUGCUUCUAUGUGUAUUUAUGAUUUGCUAUGGAAGUUGUAAGUAUCGGAUUGAAACAUGAAAUACUAUUUGUGGUGAAUGAAGUAUACUUUACUGUUUGCCCCUGUUCAA